CGUUUCAUUUUCAGUUAGUAAAUGUUCAGUUGUUAAAUCGUUAAGUUGUGUUGUUGUUCCAAACACCGCUUACAAAAAAGUUGUCAUAGAGACACAAAAUUUAAACAAAAAAAUAAUAAUUGUUUCAAUGAAAGUAUGUACAUAGAUGUGAAUGACUACAUACAAUAAUUAUACUUAUGAAGUGAACAUUUUUAAAAAUUGAUGUGAUAGAUAAAGUUAAUAUUUACAGUAUUUGUAAAAUAGUGAUAUUUUUUAAACAAACCGAAAAAAAAACUUAAAAAAUUUUGAAUUGGUUGUUAAUUCCUUAAUCUGAAAUUAAAGAAAAACAGGAAAUUCAUUUUUAUACGUAAUUACAUGGAAAGCUAAAUCAAAUUAAGAUGGCCCAAGUAAUCCACAGUGUUAAUGGCAUGAUGAACAAUGAAACAGAGAUGAAAGGUAUGGAUGCCAAUAGAUAUGCCACAAAGAAAACUAUUGCCCAGGGAAUGUUGGAUAUAGCGCUACUGACUGCAAACGCAUCUCAACUUAAAUAUAUUUUACAAGUGGGAGAACAACAUCAAUUCUACAAGUUAAUGUUGAUACUUAUCAGUCUGUCAAUAGUGUUGCAGAUCCUGUCUGGUGUAUUAAGUUUAUCAUUGAGUCUAAUGCGUGAUUGUCGUAUGGACAAACCGGAAUUUCAUCAAUCGGCCAAUUUAAUCAAUCACAUUCGAACCGGUUUUGCCUUCUUUGUAACCAUGAUCAAUUUAUUUAUAUCGGCAUUUGAUUCUCGUUUACCGCCACCACAAGGAGAUUUCUUAAGUGGUUUAAACUAAUUGUAAAUUAUUAAUAAUUUACCAAUUGAUAUUAAAAUAUUUUUGUAUAGAACACAUCUAUGUAGAUAAAUUAAAUAAAAUAAAUUUAUUGUAAUAAGAUAUAAAACUAAAAUAA